CUUUCCUGUUAUCUUUGUUUGUUAAAUCACGAAGUAGAUUUCAGACACGUAUUCAAAACUCAAGAACGAUGCUGCGGGAAGUUGUCAUUUUGCUGUCCGUUGUUACACUCGUAAAGUGCCAUCAAAGAUGUUGGCAGUGCAGUAAUGAAGGGAAUUUAGCAGUUUGUCGGAACAACACAGUGACCUGUCCUGCUAGCGAGCACUGUUUCGUGGAAAAGGUUGUCACCAAUUUAGAUGAGGUGUUCAACGCUGGGUGUAGGUCAAAUACGGCUUGCCUGCUCAUGUAUUCGCUCUCAGCUGCUGUGAUUGGUAAAAGAUCGACAGCACUGUGUGGACAAUGUUGUACAGGACCUCACUGCCAGGACACUCUUUGUGGUCUUACGCCAAGUACAUUGACGUGCAAUCAAAGAUGUUGGCAAUGCAGUAAUGAAGGGAAUUUAGCAGUUUGUCGGAACAACACAGUGACCUGUCCUGCUAACGAGCACUGUUUCGUGGAAAAGGUUGUCACCAAUUCAGAUGAGGUCGUGUUCAACGCUGGGUGUAGGUCAAAUACGGCUUGUGUGAUCAUGCAAUCACUCUCAUCUGGUACGGCAGGUAAAAGAUCGAGAUCACUGUGUGGAAAAUGUUGUACAGGACUUCACUGUCAGGACACUCUUUGUGGUCUUAAUCCAGGUGGACCAAGUCAGCUUAGAUGUUUAUCAUGUAGCUCCGUAACUUCCCCAGCUGAUUGUCUGGUUUACGAGACGUGCCAGGAUAGAAAGGUUUGUUAUGCUGGUAUACACAUCGAAUAUUCUUCACUUCGUUACUCGUUUGGAUGUCAAGAAAAACAUUUGUGCCAGAACUCAGCCGCCAAUGAUGUUGCUGGUCAUCCAGGCCGAGAGAUAGUAAAUGGCGUAUCUAUAUGCGAUGCUUGCUGUGCCAGCGAUUAUUGUAACAAUAUUGAUUGCUAUAUCUUGAAGAAAAAUAUGAUAUAGUCAAUGUUUGCAACGGGAUGAUUUGUACUCUGUUUCAAUGUGUUCAUGCAGAUGAAUUGCAAUUAAACAGUUUCCAAUGUAUAGUUGC